UGUGUUUGUUCUUAGCCACCGCUCGCCCGCCUCUCUCCUCCUUGUGCUGUUUCUCGGCUUCUGCAGAGUAGCAUUGUCGUGCGUCUCUAUUCCCAGGACGCAUUGACAGCAAGCAUACUACUGCCAAGCAGCAGCAGACAGCACCAAACAAGCCGAGAAGGUGUAGUUGUGGUGACUGCAAACGAGCGUGUGCUCAGCGGGCAAAGACAACGGCCCGCUGGCCUCCUGCUGUUAAGUGUUGUACUACUUUAAGUUGUGUUAUUUUGUUGUAACAGGGGUCAGCACUCCUAUUUAACCGUUCUCCAACGAAGCGUCCAGGCACCAAGGAAUUGAGAAUAAAUUGUCACUCCUUUUGACGUGUAGUUCGUUUGGCUCGCCUUUACCAGUGUCCGUAUUUGUGGCUUGGGUUGUGAGAGUUACAUUACAUUAGUGGGUCCUGCCUCUGUCUUACGCUGCCACCGUGCCCCGUCCAGCUAGACAGAUCGGGACUCGACUAGACUACAUGGCAGGGUACAGGUUUCUGGCACAAUGGGUUAUUUGUUGCUGCUGACACUCGUAUGGGAAUAUAGCUCUUUUACGAGAGUGAUUAAUUGGCACGGUUAGCUUGUUGACAAUGUGUAAGCAAAUCAAGUUAGUGCAAGCCAUGAACUAGGGGUAUACCUAAUAAGCGAAACCAAUAAUUCUAGACUGCAAACAUGUGUAUACAACUGUCGAUUAUUGUCCGCUAGUCAUCUCAUCUUUGCCCCGUCUUGCUGUAAACCUAUUUGCUUCGUGUGGGUACAACACACGACGUCAAGACAUGCCGCUGUUGUUUGUUGCUGUUCCAUGCAGCAACGACGACCUUCGACAACAACAGCAACUACUAUUACAAGAACAACAAGGGUGCCAUUAUCAUCAACAUCGUCGUCACUGCCGGCAGCAGUGUGACUGUCAACUACAGCUGCAGUAUAUGCUAUACCAACUACGACAGCAAAACGAUCAAAUUCCGAACUUGACGCCAAACAUCCGAUCGGUAUCAAGACCGCGUGCACAGAUUUAUUAUAGAAGAACGCGCGCUGCCGUUUCUAAUCUAUAGCUGUCUCCGAGCAUCGACCUGCGAGUGACAACGCGGCGUCCGAUAGGCAGGAUACAGGCAAACAGCGACGCAAGAACUUCGCCAGUCCGCGGUGGCGGUACAGUGCUUGGGCACAGGGAACAACAGGGGCGGAAUAAAGAGGCACGCGGUUGUUUACUGUCAGUGCUGCCUCUAGGAAGGCGAAAACUCAUCGUUAGUUGUAAGGUGUAGAUCGCCAAGGACAGUGAAUUCCUUGACGCAGGAGGUGGGGGUUAGAGGCAAAUUUGGGUUCUCGUUUUUUGUUGCUUCUCCCGUCGCUCCGGCUGCUGCUACUGCUGCGGCGCGUACGGCAAAAUGGUUGUACGGGUGUGCAUUGACGCGCAGCACUCGCCGUUUGUCACGUCGUUAGCAUUCCCGCAGGGUAUAGCACCCGGGGAAAAUAUCGAACUCUACAUUGGAACAUGGGACCUUCCAGAAAGUCCACCACCGAAGGCAAAUACAAUCGUCGUUGACCCGUUAACCAAAGUUGUUCAUGUCGCGCGCAAACUUGACACCGUUGGAAAACGCAAGGCGGCGGGGGCGGAUCCCUCAGGGCCUGAAGGCGCCCGAAAGAAAUUACUGUUGUCGCAAAAGGGGCUUCGCCCGGGGAUGAAUAGCUUAGCCGGGCACGCAGGUAAACCUGGGACAGGAAACAGCACAAAUUCAGUCGGAAUGGGAAGAAACAAGUGUGGAGAAUGUGGACAGGUCUUUGAUAGUAUCAAAGAAAUCUCGUUGCAUAUGCAGCGACAUCUAGCAGAAAAAGUUCCUCAUGAGAAAAACUCUGUAGUCACGCUGACGCACAGACCUAAGGAUGGCAGCCUACCGUCGAAGGCAACCAUUACCCAGGAUCCGAACUGUCGUAACCGUGUUGAGGUAUCUAUUCCUCUGGCGGCUGCUGAAACAUUUUUGCAAACAGUGUUGGAUCAAGCGCAACAAAUUUUAUUGAAGCACACCCGACCUACGGCAGGAGGGACCCUUGAGGUCCGUAAAACCGAUAGGUACAAGGAAGGCGACACGAAUCGGUCAAUCAUCCUUGAGGCUUUGGAACAGGAAAGCGAAGGCUUCCGUGAGAAAAGUAUUAUGCCGAGCAAAUACCAUAACAUGACUGACACGCAGUUAGCUCAAAUUGAGCUAUUUUAUACAAAAUCUCUCUAUGAAAGAGGACUCAUAGAGCUGCGUUCGGAGGUUCAACAGUGCCAGCAGUUGGUGGUGCCAGCAAUGGGUGGACACGAGGAGAAAAAGGAGUUUCUCGAUGUAUUGGAUCUCCGCGACAAAGCCGUAGUAGUUGAAGCCAAUCAGGAAAACGAUUGUCACACACUGGCGCCAGACCAUUCUGAUGAAAGUGGAGCUACAGACGACGAAACUCUGGAUAUAGAGAAUCAAGAACACAGUGAUUUAACUGUUCCCCAAUGCCAUCGCUGUUCUCGAUCAUUUCUCGACCCUGCAACCUUUGCAUCGCAUGUAGCUCAGUGUAGAGUCCACUGCCGGCAACCAUGUCCAAAUUGCGGUCUUCCGUUCGCUUCCCGCCUUCAAAGAGAUCGCCAUAUGAGGGAAGCUCACGGUCUUGCCAGUGUAUGGCCAUGUCCCCAUUGCGAUGCAGGCCAUUUUUACACCGAGAAGGGUCGUGACUAUCACAUCUACAAACUACAUUCGACAACGCUGAGUGAAACGAACCGGAUAAAACUUGUAGAGAAGUAUGCCCAGCCAUGCGGUAUGUGUGAUUUUGUGUCGUGGAGUAAGAAAACUCUCCAGGUACAUCGGAGAUCGGAGCAUUUCGCUGUCGAGUGGUCAAUUCAUUGUCCGGCUUGCGCAUGCGGUAUGAAGGAUCGAGAGGAUCUGGAACGCCACGUUGAACAGAAACACGCUCAAGACCCUAACUGGUACAUUUGCCUAAGCUGUUUACGAGCGAUUUCACGGUUAGGAGACGAUGGCGCUGCCGCCAUAGCUCAUCGCAGCCUCCAUGAACAAAACAAUGGGGAGCUCUGCCAGCAAUGCGGAAAGCUCUUUGAGAAUGCGGAUUCGCUCACUUUUCAUCAACUCAAAGCCCACCAGGGUCCGUUAAAGGACCACCAUUGUGGUGUUUGUGAUCUUCCUCAACGUGACUAUCGACACCUAGUUUUCCAUAUGAAUGCUCAUCAUAAAAGAGGGACUUCACCGUCACUCGACGACCCUUCUACUGAAAAUCACAUUACCCGGGGUGCACACUGUUCAGGCACAAUUGGCACUUCUUCAAAGAGGCCCUCCUCGUUCAUUUGCAGAGACUGUAAUCGCUCAUAUGAGGCGAAAUCACAAUUGAUUGCUCAUCAGGUCUGGGUCCAUCAAAGAUGUGAAGACGACCGCUAUCCGUGCCCGUUCUGUGGAAAGCCUUUUACUAAGCAAUCUUAUUUGGCACUACAUUUACGGAGACACGUUGAUGAAAGGCCGUAUCGAUGUGAACAUUGCGGUAAAUCUUUUGCACAUCUCGCUUCACUCAAGGGUCACGUUACAAUGAAGCACACCAAAGACUUUCGGUUUCGGUGCCCAAUUUGUGAUAAGGGAUUUGUAAGUCGGGUAAAGACUUUGCACCACCUCGAACAGGCUCAUCAUUAUUCAGCUGUAGCGGCGCGCAUGGCCAUGGGUGAAGGCCAGGAGCAGGACGGCAAAAACGCCGUCUUUGACGAGAUUGAAGUUGAACAUUCUUUCGAUGAACCUAAAACUACUCUAGAUGACAACGAUAUCCCUUUAACAAAAGCCACGGCGCAAUUUUUAGAGGAGGAAAACGGUAGCUAUUCGGACUUUCGAACCAUUACAGCAGAACGACAUGAUGAAAUUAGGAAGGAAAACCAGUGCUUCCCGCGUUCUUCUCUCCAACAUUAUGGCAGACGUCCCGAAAAUGUUCUAAGUAUGGUGUCAAAAGUACCCUGUCUUCACGAUUAUCAUUUCAUCGAGCAAGUGGGUCGCGAUCAGGACAAAGCACACGAAUUUAUGGCCACAAAGGAGACUUCGACGGAUACGGUACCGUCUAGUGCAAUUGUCUCAAUUGAGGAUGGUCCAGAAAAUUGCAGAAACGAUGUUGGACCUAAUGGUCCAGUAGAAAUUUCGGAGCGCGGCAAAGACGUUAAUACACCUUCCGAAGGUGAAGUUAUAUUAAACCAUGCCGACGGAUCACAGUCUUUGGUUCGAUUACAGCCUGGGCAACAAUUGUUACUUGAGGAUGAGAAUGGAGUCAAACAGGUAAUUGACUAUAAUGAUGUUGUUGCGUCUGCUGCCACACACGUCUGUAGCCACGGACCUCAAGUCGGAGGUACAAUAGAAAGCGUCAACGCCAGGUUUCCUGUUUCAGUUCAUGUACAAAGCGAUAACCCGCAAUAAGCACAGUCUGCUGGAACGUACCAAAGAUGGUAUUAACAGGCACGAAGACAACCUUAGUCAAUCUCGUGCAUUAUGUUUAAGCUAAUAUAAUGAAACCUAUGAAUAAUGAAUGACAAACAGUUUAAAGUCGAACGUAUAGUAUAUGCUCAAUCCUGUCGCAACCAAUUUGUUAACGAAGUUCUUUUUCUGCUACUGAAUCUUGGCGGCUCCUUCGUCACCAAGAUAUAAGCCACCAAUAAGAAGUGCUUGUUGUUUGGACAAAUACGUAUGACUAUAGUAAAUAUACUAAGCUUUCAAACUUAUUUUAACGUGAGCUAGAUAAGGCACUUAGUUGUUAAGCAUACAUGUAGCUUACAGAAGUGUAUGAGAUCAGUGGAUGCAGGAACAAAAAGUAUUGCUCUCAAAUGUAAUUUUACAUUACAAAACGAAAGAAAUAAACUUGAAGCAUACUCCGUGAUCCUUCAGGAAACGAUAUAUUAAAGCGUCUUAGUUCACUUUUCUGUGCAUUACGUAUAAAAAUGAUAAGCAUACCUGCAACUCAUAAUAGUAAUUUAUGUGACAGUGUUCGCCUGCUAGUGACCAAAUAUUUUGUAUUUACCAUUUUGUAUUUAACAAAUAGUUUCGAACCCCGUCAUAGACACGUUUCAUUUCGUGCUUGGAAUCAGCCGUCUGAUGGAAUGGCUAACGGCGAUAGUAAACGUGAAAUUCGAAACAUAGAGGUCCACUGAAAGAUACAUUUGACAUGUCACGCUUUUGCCCCGCAACGGAAUAUUAUUCAAUCACAUCAUUCACUGAAUGAAAAUGCAUUUAAAAAAUGUAUAAUUGCGAGAUAGACCAAAAAUGACUUGCUUUUUCGUGUAGUGAACAUAUUAAAGUGGUUAUGUAAGUCGCGUGUUUGGUCUCUUAUGAUUUUUGUAGACUAUUAGUAGAUCGUAAACGAAAAACUGUAACAAGCAAAGUCACGUAUUGACAAAGUUAUACAUUGUAUAUGAAGAGCGAAUUAUCCGUUAGAUCUUGUUUCUUAAUAAAGAUGACUUAUACCUUCUAAAGAAAUUGAAUAAAAUCUUAAUGUAAAGCUCUCCAUAUUUUGGGGUAGAUGGUCCAUAUAUUUUUAAAAUCCCUUUUUUAUCUCAGUACUCAUAUUUUACAACUUCCUUGUUUUUGCUUAUCUCUCUCCUUUCGAGGCGCGCGAAGCUUUGUUUGUUCUCUUUAGGAACUACAGCUAAAUUCAGUGAAAACAACUUAAUUGAAUAUAUUAAUGAGCCGAGAUAAUUGGCGGGGUCUCAUACCUCGCUUGAUUGCCCAAACAAAUAACAUAGGAGUGACAUAUAUAUUUCAUAUUCCAGCUAGUACACGAAUUGGCUUCAAGUCUAUUAGCCGGAUAAAACAAAAUCGAUGUCCAUUUUGAGGCACAAUUAAAUGCCGGAAUGUAUCCGAGAGAGUAUUUAUAUUAACCCGUAACGGCGGUAUGGCUGCUGCGGACAGUCAUGAAACCGGUACGUUGUUGAAAUACUUUGAUGUGUACAGGUAUAACCAACCGAACGAGGCUGCUUUCAAUCCACCUAUGCAGAUUAAUGCAUACCUUAAUAAGAUCAAGUUUACCUUUGGGGAUUUCGAGGGACUGAGCACAGCGAGUUUAAUCUUAUGCCAGAUGAAUUAACAAUUCUUCCAAAAAAGCUGUGUGUUUAAUCACAGUAACUUUGACUAUUAGGCCUGCUCGUUUUUUGGUGUUAGAAUAGUUCCCUCAUUACUUAGACAAUCGAUGGCAACGGCUGAUCAUGAAAAAGACCACGCGUUCGUCACUAGAAAACUGCAUACCUCAUGCGAAGAGCUGCGCACCUUCUUCAUGAUACCAAAAGAUGAUCAUUCAUAGUAUGUUUUUCGCCAACAUCAAAGGAAUCGUUUGAUAGUUUCCAGUAGAGAUUCAGCUUCUGAAAAAAGUUUGGGAGCUCCCAAAACACGACACUUAGAGGUAUGGAAUGGCUAGUCAUUCGCAUGGAAUCGCCUGGAACGUCUGCACAUAGUGCACCCAAAUUACUUGUGCGCAUGUGUCGAGCUUAACUAUCACAUUAUUUUUGAAAAGGCAGCACUUCUAGGAAUUAAAAUUAGGACCGGUUGUACCUCAACAGUCAGACCUUCGGGGUCAAACCUCAGUACUUUGUCUGACCGAGCCGCUUGUGCUUCCGAGUUUUCUCAGAUUUCGCGUUAGGAUUUUUUCUGUAUGUAAUUUUUUUGGUUUGAAACUUAGACGCGUGUCUUUGGCGACUAGACGUUACCUUUAAGGUUUACUCCAGUAAUCUUAAAACGUAUUUGAACGAUUAAGAAAAGUAAAGAUCUACAGAAAGUUCAGAAAGCGUUUCUACUUGGUGUGUGGCAAAUUAAUUCUUGGCAGAUUAAUUAAAUCCAGUCGGGAAAUCGCUGCUUUAGAGCCUACGUACUUAGAUCAUUUAUAAAGACUUCGGAGCUGCGUUUGAUAAGCGGAAAAAUUCCGAAACGAUAUUGCUGAUGUGAGUGCCUCCCGCAUCAGUUAUUCAUUAUCGGAGGGCAACUAGUGCAAGAGGAGGUUCCCAAAAGGCCUUUUGGUUACAAUUAAAUGGAAAGAUUGUCCAUAUGUGUGGAUGGUCUUUUAGUAGAGAGAUAUUAUGUCACUUCAAUGCGUGGUAAUCCGUUUCUCCGCGGUGCAACAUUUUCUAUUGAACUCAAACGUGAUGUUGUGAGAGUUGUAGCUUCGAGUAAGAUUUUAUAUAUAUAUAAAAUCUUACUCGAAGUUAUAAAUUUUAUGACUUUUACACACUUCGACAGGCUAAUCUUUUUAUGUGGUGGCUACCGAUAUCGUAAAUUAUUCAUUUAUUUAGCGUUUGACCUGCUCUAUAUGUAAGCAAGGUACCUGUAUUAUAUCAUAUAGCGCCCUUUUUAAUGAAAUAGCCCUUUGUAUCAUAUUAUUAGUCUAACAAUUUUAAUCCCCCUAGUUUAAGCGACAUUAAAUACUUGACGUCGUCAGAAACUAGAAAUAUAUAUAUAUAUAAAUGUAAAAGAUAAAAGAUAUGUAAAAAAUUUUACAUAUAUAUAAAGUGAUGAGGUGAUAUUUCACUUGAUGAUCCACUAUGAUAACCUAUUACAUUUUCCUAAAACUGAAUUGCAUCACGACAAACCCUCGCAUUCAUUUUAUUAUGUACAUUGAAGUAUCACUUGCGAUACCUAAUCAUAUGUUCUCAAAGACGUUGGAGACCAAACCAAGCUAGUGUUAUUGUAGUUAUCCCGUCGACAUACAUCGAAAUCAGUAGGUAGUACAUUUCUAAGAAAAAUUUCAAUAAAGGCAUAGGAAACAACUAAGGCAGAGCUCGAAGUUUAUUCUAUAGAUCUGAUAUAUAAUCUUGCGUAUAAUACAGUGUAUUAUGUAAUAAAACCUAUAUUAUAUAAUAAAGAUAUUGAUGCUCAAUUACUGUCGCCGUAUUAAAUUUUUCUUAAGUCCCCAAAUUAGUUUAUAAUGGCGUAAUCGCUUGUCUCAUUAUGCAAAACACAGGCUGACACACAGAACUCAAUUGUUUCUGUAGUAAUCAUACGGUUCUACGAGUGUGCGUAGUCGAUGUUAAGUUCGAAGUUCGUUCGGAUUUUCUUCUCGCAGCGCUGUUCACUGCUUCGACCAGCUAAACUCCGCGAGGCCUCCUUCCAUUCUAGGAGUAUGUUCAGCUUAACGAAGCAAAGAUAAACUGCCGAGAAAUCUUCGCGUUGGGCGACGUAGACAGGGCCCCUAUUUGACCGUUGGGCAUCUAUUUUGCUGUUACGUUCUCCGGGUGUCGCGCUUGCUUGUUGCCGAUAGGCCCGCAUAGAAAAUAAACCCAACAUUGCUUAUCCCCUGGCUAUUGAUGCGACUGGUUUCCUCCAACGAGAAGAUCUCAUUAACCGGUGCUUUCAGCGAAAGCAAGUCAACAGAAACCGAACGUAGCCUUUCGAAAAGGGCUUUCUCUAGAAUAGCGUUCUGUGCAUCGCGUUGUAUAGAAGGGAAGCUAGGCGGAUUUUCUUUUUGGAGAGAAAAAAGCGACCAGCAACACAGUCUCUGUAUUGAGCGACUACCUUCUGUCUCCUUGUCAACAACAAUAAUAUUCACUGUCGACUUGUCGCCAGCCUGCCAGUAACUACCCUUGAUGCUUGUAUCAAUACAGUAGUAUCAAUACCUUUUUCAUUAGUGAAAAGAGCCGAACUUUUCUAGUAAACACGAAGGACAGCAAUUCGUUCUAGUUCAGUUGGUUUAACAAUGCAGUACAAGGCACAACUUAAGUGGGUUAGAAACAUUUGAUAUUAGUUUCUAGCGCAAAAUAACAUUGCCUACUCUUUACGCCUCUGGAGCAAAUUAGUAGGACUAUUCCUUGAGGAGGUUGCGUUUAAUAGUUUGUUAUUUAUACACGCAGGCAUCAGCAGGUUCAGCGUUAUUCCUGCGCUCCUUUUAAUUGACCUUUACCGGGCCAAACCUGAAUACAGUUAUAUGUCCUAAGGAUCAGGCGUUAACAAGCGUUAAAAAAACAGGAUCACCACUGCCACGCAUAUGCUUGCCUCUAGCACGCUUAAAAAAGGUACGUGCUACAUUCAGGACACAUGGA